AAGACGUAAACUUUCAAUUAAACCCAGUUCUCUCUCUCCAACGGAUGAUUCUUCUGUAUUAUAUCACAUAACGGUCCUCAGAAAUGCAAGGGCUCUAAGCAACCAAAAGAUUUCUUCAAUCCCAGUAGCUGACAUGUACUUUUCUCCCCCUCAUUUCGCUGUCAAUUCCGUCCGGUUCUCUGUAAUUAGGUCAAACUUCAACUUCCUUUCUAGUCGGAUAUCCAUGCAAAACUGAAAUCUCAGGUUGAAUUAGUGCUAUUUUACGGGUAACGGGUCCUUUUUUUUGCGUGGAAAUUUCAAAGCAGGAAUCAGAGUUUCCAUGACUUCCUCUGUUUUCUUCUGCGUUUUGCUUCAAAAUGAAUACAGAGAUUGAUGGUUUUAUUUCAUGGGUAGCCUUAUGGAGUUUGUACCCAAAACCCACUUUUAUUUGUACGAUAUGGAUUCUGUAAAAGGGGUUUUCUAUCCAAAGAUAGUUCUCUUUGCUGGCUUUCUCUUGGCCUCUGUUUCCAGCCUUUGCUGUACUCUCUUCGGUUUCCUGAACAGAGUCUUCCACAGAGACAAAAGAACUGAAGGAAUAUGUUCUCAAAAAAGCAAUCAAUCUAAUUCCAAAUGUAAUGAGCCAAAAGAGGAGUCUGAGGUAGCAUAUUCCGGGAUUUUUAUACAUGGGGGUGCAGGGUAUGAAACUUUUGCAUCGGAAUAUCCGGAUUACUCAAGCACUGGUUUCCAGGAAAGCAACCAAAUUUAUUCGAAUCAUAAGGAACCAGAAGCGGAGGCCAAACUAGCGUAUUCUGAAAUUUUUGCUAGCAGGCACGCUGGGUACGAUGGUUUGGAUGCAAUAGAGUCGGAAACCCCAAAGUGUGAGUUCAAAUUCCGGUUUCCGACUUAUGAAGAAAUCGGUAGAUUGGAUAAAGGGAAUAGUGAGUCCCUUGGUUUAGAUAGUACCGCUCCCCCUACAAACACCAAUAAAUAUAAGUUCUUGUCCGGGAAGUGUUUUAGCCACUUCUUAGAGGAACCCAAAGCUGUAAGCUUUACAGUCAAAGAGUUCUAUGCCGUUUCAACUAAUCAUUCGAUUGAAAGUAGCGCGAGUUCCGAAAACGAUUCUAUGCAGCAAAAUUCAUUAGAAGAAAUUGUUCAUGAAAAAGUUUCUGAGACCCCCGUGGUGUCUGAGAAGCUAGAGGGUUCGACGUCUGCUGAUAAUUCUCAUUCUAGGAGAGAACAAUUGGAGGAGUCGAGGAAUGAUUUUUGGGUCGAAGAUAAGCUUCUUUCAGAAAAGGAAGACAUUGCUUCAGAUUCUGACUUGGACUCUGUUGAUUCAAGUUUAGCUACGAGUCAAUUAGUUGCUUUGACCAGCCAUUUAUUUUUGUCAGAGAAAGAUUUCGAAGAUACGCACGAAGGAGGGGAUGCAGGUUUAACUGAGGAAGACUUGGACUUGGAGGACACGGACUCGCAGAACUUGAAUACUGGCUAUGGUCCAGAAGACUUUGAAGGUGAAGAUAAUGAUAUCCUGGAAGAGCUGCGAAAGCUAGAAGAGUCUGAUAUGCAGAAUUCAGUUAAUAGCGAAAGUAGUUCCAAGGAUGAAGAUUUUGGUGGCAAAGAAGGAAAACAAAUGGGAGAAAAACCUAAUUUAAACAGUUCAUCGGAGUGGGAUUCUGAGGAUCCAAAUGGAUUAGAAACCUUGUGGGAACAUCAAGAUUUGAUAGAGCAGCUGAGGAUGGAGCUGAAAAAAGUCAGAGCAACAGGCCUGCCCACCAUUCUCGAGGAUUCCGAGUGUCCAAAGAUAAUCGAGGAUUUAAGACCUUGGAAGAUUGACGAGAAGUUCCAGCAUGGAGAUCGAAUGGGUGAGCUUUACAAGUUCUACAAGAGUUACAGAGAACGAAUGCGGAAAUUCGAUAUCUUGAAUUACCAGAAGAUGUAUGCGAUAGGUUUUCUGGCGUCAAAGGACCCACUUCAAUCGUUUCCAAGCCGCAAAUCCUCAGCUCCAGCAAUCACAUCCAUUCUUUCACAAAACCUUUGGCUUCGCAAACGCAAAAAGUCAGAAUCUGAUCCAAUGAUGAAGUUCAUUAGAGACUUGCAUAGUGAUUUGGAAGUUGUUUAUAUUGGGCAGUUGUGCCUUUCUUGGGAAAUUCUUCACUGGCAAUAUGAGAAGGCCUUAGAAUUAUGGGAGUCUGACCCGUAUGGACUACAUCCGUACAACGAAGUUGCAGGUGAAUUUCAACAGUUUCAAGUGCUUUUGCAAAGAUUGAUAGAAAAUGAACAUUUUCAAGGGCCAAGGGUUGAGAAUUAUGUCAAGAAUCGAUGUCUUAUGCGUAAUCUUCUUCAAGUACCAGUGAUAAGAGGGGACAGAAAGAAAGAAAGAAGAGGGAGAGAUGAUGGUGCAAUUACAAUUGACAUUGUUAUAGAGAUAUUGGAAGAAUCGAUGAGAAUCAUUUGGAAAUUCAUCCGAGCUGAUAAAGAUGCAAGCAGUCGAAGGGACACUCAGGUUGAGCUCCAAGACCCUGCAGAUUCAGUGCUUUUGAAGGAAGUUCGAACAGAUCUUCAAAAGAAAGAGAAGAAGCUCAGGGACAUGUUGAAGAGUGGAAGCUGCAUAUUAAAGAAGUUCCAAAAGCAUCAAGAAGACGGCAUAGAUCACCAUUUCUUCUUCUCUCAGGUUGACAUGAAACUUGUGUCGAGGGUCUUGAACAUGUCUAGGCUAACAACAGACCAACUAGGUUGGUGUCGCUGUAAAUUAAGUCAGAUUAGUUUUGUGAACCGAAAGAUGAGCAUAGAACCAACCUUCUUGCUCUUUCCAUGUUGAAAGUAUUAGCUUUGUCGGGCACUUACAUGUACAUAAUUAGAGAUCAUCUCCAAUAACAAUUUUGGCAAAGUUCUUGCCAUCUUUCACUUCAA